AUGUUCAUAGUGAACUUUUGGUUUUUACUAUUUUCUAUAUCCUUAAAAACAAUUUUUGGAUACGACGCCAUCUUGAAUUAUGACAUCACGGAAGAAAUACUUCCGGUGGGGUCUUACAUCGGCGACGUGCACAGAGAAUUAUUCAAACACAGCUGGAAACACGGCCAAAACGACAAGCUGGAAUUUACAUUUAAAACACGCCCAUCAGUUAAAAUGGCGACAUCCGGCAAGACUUACUAUUUAACAUCUUUGGAUCGUCGAAGUGGGAUCCUGAGGACGGCGCAUAGGAUUGAUAGGGAAUCAAUUUGUCCGGCUGAAAUCACAUCAGCAUCGUCAUCAUCCUUAUCAUCACUAUCAUUAUCAUCAUCAUUAUCAUCAUCACCACAAUCGUUACCAACAUUAUCAUUGAAAUCAUCGUCGGAGUCAUCAUUUUUUGAGUCGUUGAUGCCGUCAUCACUGUCAAGCUUAUCUUCAUCAUCGUCUUCCUUCUCGCCAUCAUCAUCUUCCUCCUCAUCUUCAUCCUCCUCCUCAUUAUCAUCAUCCUUAUCAUCUUCACAAUCUCCACUGAGAACAAAAACAUCCCAUUUGAUGUACCCACCAACAGUACAUGGCGUUGAUGAGUGCACUGUUGAGAUGGUCGUCCUCGUCUCUACUGAGACUACUUUACUUCAAAUUCAGAUCUUCAUGGAAGUUCACGACAUCAACGACCACCCCCCUCGCUGGACAGUACCCUCUUACGAGUUCCACCUCAGAAAAUCGUUAAUGAAACCAGGUCAUGGUUUGAAGUUACCACUGACCUUUGACAUAGAUAGAGUCAGCCAAUCAACGUGCAGCUACAAUAUGACUCCGCCCUCCGAAUUGUUUCAGUUGGUGUUUAGACGUCGGGGCGGUGAGUUCCGAGACGAACUGACGAUUGUGAUAACUACUCCGAGUUUCAGUGAACUUGGAAAAACCUACUUUCGAUUUCAUGUGGUGGCCAGUGACAAUGGAAAUCCCCCACUUUCAUCCACGUUAAUGGUUUCGAUAUUUAUAGAGGGCGAAUCAGAAAACAGAAAAAUCAGCGAUGAGAUGUCGCGGACAGUUUCGGUUUCGACAUCGAUAUCACCAAAUGUGACUCAACCGCCGAACGUUACGACGGCCUUACCGAUCUCAUUCGCUUUGCUCCGAGUCGAUACUAACGGUUUAAAUGCAUCGUCGGGCACUACCGACUAUUACUUGACUCAUGCCCACACACAAUCGCAAACAGUUUCUUUACUUCUCAUCGCCUUCGUUUGUCUCUGUUUCAUUUUCAUUCUGUUCAUCGUUUCAGGUUUGCUGAUCAGCUGUGUAGUUAAGAAUAACAAAAACAAAAUGGCCAAACGAAUGGACGAAAUGAAUUAUAACUCCAUCAAAAAGAGCCACAACGUCGACCAGGACACUGGCAAGCGCUACAACAACAAACGCAACAGCAGCAGCUGCACCAUCGACGACAACAUCCACAUCACCAGCAGCGAAACUCCACUCACGAAUUAUGGAUUCAACUGUAAAAUAAACCCUACAAACAAUUUCAUCGAAUCGACAACUCAGAGAACAGCAAGAACGGCCACCCACCACAACCCAGUGGUUGUUUUCGUGAAAAACAACGACCCAACAAACCAUGCCACCACUACAUCUACUGCCGCGUUUCUCAAAAGCCCGUUGCGUAACUGUGAAUAUGAUGAAAAUAAGAGGAUAGGGACGAUGAGUAAGUGGGAGCAGGAUAGAAGCAAGAGGAUAGGGAGGUACAUAGACUGGUCAUCUCCCUUCUGA